CAGUGUCUGCAGGCAGACUGAAACCAGUCCAGGGAAGAGGGGGAAGACAUCAGAUAUCAGAGAUAUAAAGAAGACUGAGUGAGGGAACUUGUUUAAGGAUUUAGAGUAGCAGAAGACAUUUGGUGGGGUUGAGAAGUAGCCAGGCUGAGCUGACUUUUACCCCCUGAGGAGGAGUUGCAGUUGCCGGCCAGGGCAGGUCCCAAGGCUGGCAGGGGCUGGCCCUACUGCUUCUCCACCUCCAUUCCUUCCUCCUUAUUCUCCCUUGAAGAGCCAACUGCUGUGCAGUGCUGAACCUACAGGUUGAGCCUGUAAGCUUCAAUAUUCCUCCAAUGUCAGAACACUCCAGAGGAUAAGCCUUUUUUAAGAGGACCUCAUUGCUAUCCUUUUUUUUUUCUGCGCUCACUGGUUGAGUGCACUGAGGAGCUUUGUAUACUUUACCCCCUCUUUGUUUGUUUUGUUUUAUAACCGGAACGCUGGCGAGCUUCUCGGUAGCACGGUGCAAGGACCAGCUCCACUCACCCAAGAUGAGGCGCUGGCUGAAAUGCACCUCCAUGCACUUUAACACAGACUGGAACAAGUAUGAUGAUCGGCUGAUGAAAGCAGUGGAACGUGGGGAGGUGGACAAGGUGGCUGCAGUUCUUGGCAAGAAGGGUAUAGUCCCUACCAAACCUGAUGUGGAGGGACGAUCUGCGUUCCAUUUGGCUGCAACACGAGGACACUUGGACUGUCUCAAUCUCAUACUAUCACACAAUCCUGAUGUCACAGCAACUGAUGCCACAGGUAAAAAUGCUCUUCAUCUGGCUUCAAGAAAUGGACACUCGCUGUGUGUGCAAAAACUUCUUCAGCAUAACUGUCCAGUUGGAAAUGUGGAUCUACAAGGAAGAACAGCUCUCCAUGAUGCGGUUAUGGCAGGCUGCUCAUCCAGCGUGAAACUUCUCUGCGACAGCGGUGCUUCAGUCAAUACCAGUGAUUUUGAUGGCAGGACUCCUCUGGUGCUGGCAACCCAAAUGUGUCAUCCACGUAUCUGUCAGCUUCUUGUAGAGCGAGGGGCCAAUAUCUCUGUCCGGGACAAGCAAAAAAAAACGGCACUCAUUCUCGGAUGUGAGUAUGGUUGCAAGGACGCAGUGGAAGUGUUGUUAAAAAAUGGAGCCGAUGUCAAGGAGGUGGACAGCUUGGGCCAUGAUGCUUUCCACUAUGCUCGCCUCAGCAAGAACCACGAACUUGUUGCGUUGAUUAAAGUCUGCCUCGACAAAGCCACAAGAGAAAAAGAGGCUGCAAAAAUAGAACAGUGGAAGCGACAGCAGUCGGUGGAGCGCUCAGACUCCAUGGAGUCUAACAGAAAGGAUCACAUGAUAAAUGACCUGGAAAGGCAGAAAGAGUCCCUGCAGGAAAGUCUCAGGAAUUACCACCUCGAGCAGAGGGCGCUGCAAGAUGAGGUCAACAUGCUACGACAACAGCUCACACAGGACAAGAAGAUUAUAGAAGACACUCACAAGGAGAAGGAGCAAUUAAGGGUGUUACUUAGUGCCAAAGAACAAGAAGGGUCACGAGGCUUGGAGACUGUCAAGGUCCAGCUCAAAAGCACUAUGGGGGACUACAUGGGCCAGUCAGUGAUAAAAGGCAAAGAGAACGUUUUGGUCAAACAAGCAUAUAGCUUGGAUUUGGAUCAGAAACUCCAGAAUCCUGCCAUGUCACGUUCACUGACCAGACCAUCAGAGAAGGGUCUCUCUGGUGAGCCUGACAUUCUCCGACACGAGCUUGAAAUGCUCAGAAGAAAACAGCAAGCGACCGAGGAGGACAGGGCCCGACUUCAUUCUGCUCUAAGUCGAAAAAACCGAGAAUGCCAAGAACUUGUUCAGAGCAGAGACCUUGUCCAGAAACAGGCUGACCAGCAAAUUCAAGAACUUGAGGAUGCCUUGGGGGACGUCCAAAAGAGAAUGCUUGAUUCGGAAUGCAAGGUUAAACAGCUGCAGGCCCAUGUGGUUGCAGUAAAGGAGCACUUAGGAGGCCAAGCCACAGAAGAGCUGCGUGCCCAGCUUCAAGAUAUCAAGACCAAGUACGAAGGCGCUUCAGCCGAGGUGGGCCGGGUUCGUAAUCGCCUCAAACAGAGUGAGAAGGCUUUGGAGGAGUACAAGAACAGUGAAAGCCAGCUAGCAACUGAGGCUGAAAGGUUAAACCAAGAACUUGGGGCCGUAACCACACAGAGAGAUGAACUUGCAGAAACUGUCCUUGAAAUGGAAACUCAAUUAAAGGAAACCAAGUCCAAGCAAGACAACGUGGUACCCGCUGAGAAAUUUGACAACAUGAAAAACCUGCUCACCAAUGCGGUCGAUGAAAAGGAACGACAGCUUGCUGAACUUAGAGACGACUAUGAUCGUGUGCUAGAGGAGGUGGCGCAGCUCAAUCGAAAGUUAGAUAAUCCCACUCAGAGUGAAACGGGGGUAAUGUUCUCUGAAGAACAACAAAGGAUACUGGCUUCCCUGGAAGAGCAGAACGUCUCGCUGAAAAGGAAACUACAUGACGUCACGGCUAAAAGCCAGGCACUCAUUCAUGAGAUGGAGGACACUGAGGAAGAGAAAGAGAUACUGCAAGAAAAGCUGGAAGACAUGAACAACAGACUCGAGACCGAAUUCAUACCCAUCAAGCAACACGAGGAAGCUCGGAUGGUCAUGAUAACAGCUGUGGAGGAACUGGAGGACAAACUGGUGGAAGCCAGCGAACGCUUCGGAAAAGCAGAGGCCCAGGUCCAACAGCUUCAGACUGAGAGGGUGACGCUCCAUGAGAAUAUUAACAGUCUGCAAAGUGCCACUGAGAAACAGCAAAGUGAAAUGGAAUCCCUGCGAGGGGAUAAGGCUGGGCUGAAGAAUGAGCUUGAACUUUUACUGACAACGUGUGAAGACCGAGACAAGGAGUGUGAGCAGCUCACAGCAAAGACUCAUACUCUGAAACAGAACCUUGAGGGAGAAUAUGUGCCAAGACACCAGCAUGAUCAACUGAGAAUGGAGUUAACUGACACUUUAGAGAGGGUCAAAGCUGAGAUGGCAGAUUUGGAGUGCAGAGAUAAUGAAAAUCAAAAGGAAUUAAAGUAUGUGAUAGAAGGUAAAGCCAAGUUACAAGAAAAGUUGGAAAAUGUACUGUUGGAGAGAGAAAACGACUAUAUAAGUUUAAAGGAUCACAAAUGUGUCACAGAAAAGUUGGGUGCUGCUGUGGUGGAGGCAGAUAACAGAGCAAACCAACUGUCAGAAAUGCAUGUGACAGCCCAGAAGGAAAAUGUGACACUGACUCAAGAGCUGGAAGCUCAGAAGAAAGAACUUGAUACUAUACAGCAAGCCAUUCAGUCCAAGUUCAUCCCUCUGACAGCUGUUGAGGAAAAAGAAAACGCCUACAGUUGCCAAGUAAAGGAGAUGAAAGUCAGACUAUUGGAGAUGGAAGCGAAGUAUAAUGAAGAGAAGUCUGACAGAGAGAACAACAGGCUGGAGAAAGAGAAACUGAAAGUUGAGAUUGAAAAUGUUCAGCGAAGACUGGACACCGCUCUUGUCACUGGUGAAAAGCACAAGGAAUGUGAAGAUGAGUUUAAGGGCCGCUACGAGGAGGUAUCACUGAAGUUGGCCAGUCUGGAGGAGAAGCACAACAAGGUAAAUCUUCAGAAAAUUGAGCUUGAAGCCCAGAAUGCUCUGGGCAACACUCAAAUCCAGAAUCUCCAGGAUCGUCUGAAAUCCGAGUUGACUCGGAUUUCAACGUAUGACACAGAACUCAAGGCCCUUAAUGAUGCCAUGCAGCAAGCUCAGGCGGAUUGCAAGAAAGCACGAGAUGCUCAACUGUUGGAGGCUCAGAAGGUUGGUGUCCUGCAGAAGGAAGUUCAGGAACUCCACAGAGAACAGGCUUCUCUGCUGCAGCAACACACCAAGGCCAAGGAAGCCCUGGAGGCUGAAGUCACAGAGCUACAGAUGGCGCUCCGAGAAGAAGAGGAGACCAGUGGCCAGAGAGCAGAGGAUGUUUCAGCACUGCAAUCUGAGCUUCUCCAGGCCACUCAAGCGCUUGACGAGCGUCGCUCCAAGGAAAAUCAAAUGACCCAGUUGAGAAAAGAGAAGCAGCAUCUUGAGGAGGAAGCUGCUAAUCUCAGUAACAAGCUCUUUAGCUUAACGGAAGAAUGCAAAGAAGUCCACCGGGAGGCAACUCAGGCAAAAGAGGGGGAGAGCAAAGCCAGGAGGGAGAUGGAGGUUGUCCACAAGAAGGGACAAGCCAUUGAAAGAGAAAUCAUGGAGCUGAAAGAGCGCUAUGAUGAGUCACUCGGCACCAUUGGGAAUCUUCAAAAGAGGAUUCAGACAUCAUCUCAGCUGACUGAAUCCAAAGACAAGAAGAUCACAGAGUUGCUGAUAGACGUAGAGCGACUGAAGCAAGCACUGAAUGGGUUGUCCCAGUUGGCGUACACAAGCAACGCUCCCAAUAAAAGACAGAUGCAGCAUAUUGAUGCCCUACAUGUCCAGAUCAAGAACCUACAGCAACAGCUGGCUGAUGCUGAGAGACAACACAGGGAGGUGGUUUCCAUUUAUCGAACUCAUCUCCUCAGUGCAGCGCAGGGCCACAUGGAUGAGGAUGUCCAAGCCGCUUUGCUCCAGAUCAUCCGCAUGAGACAAGAGUUUGUGUGUUAAAGCUUUCUUCAGAAUAAUACGAGGCAACCUGCAGACUCAAAUUCACCAUUCUCACAUCCUUGCCGCACAGUCAUGCUUCCAAUGUAUCAUCCAGACAGUAAUUCUUCUAACAGACUGUUAUUUAAAUCAUUUUAUAGUCGUUCCAUAACCUCAAACUGAGUAUUGAGGCAGAUUAACUGUAGCAUGUAGAGACACUGCUAACUGUGGCCGAACAUUUGAAUCUACAACACUACAUUAGGUCAAGAUCACAACUAUGAAACUUAAUUGAUGAACUUAAAUUGGAAUCAUUUGACUAAUUGCUGUAGAUCAUUUUUACUGCAAACUCUUUCUUUCUUCUGACCACUUCUCACAUUCCAACUCGACAGUCAUCCUUCAAAUGGGAUGUUUGUUCUCUGAUUCACAGUCAAACUGCAUAUAUACUCACAUAUAUACAGUAUAUAUAAAAUAUAUAUUAUAUAAAAAAUAUACAAUAUAUAUGUAUGUAUGUA